ACCUUUCUUUGAUGUCCUUAGACUUGAGCGUGGUCCAAGGCCUGGGGAGAGAUGGCAUCCAUGUUCCAAAGCGUCGGGGUAUCAGCGGGCUGGAGAAAACACCAGUUACUGGCCGACAUCGAUGAGAACGAAAGCCCGGUGCCGGACAAAUUUAAGAAGAGGCCUUCUUCAAGCUCUCUCAAUACCAUCCGCAUGUCUUUGAGAAAACGAAUGCCCUUAAAGCAGGUGGAGCUAAACCUCCAUGAGAAUCCCACUUGGGAAAGUCUGGAAGCAAAAGAGAAGCCACAAACCUUCCGGGCUAUUACCAGAACAGCAAGAAACGCCUUUGGGACAGUGUCACAGAAAAUCCAGAAGUCUUGCCAGAACCCCAAGCAACCUCUAGUGACUUCUCCAGCCAGAGCCCCUGCAAGUUCUGCCAAGAAAAGAAGCACACCCCCUCAAACUCCUCGGCGUAAGAACGGGUUUUCCAGAACUGCCGCCCCAGCAUCUGGCCCCAGAAGUACCCCCCGAUCCAGCAAGAGAGCCUCCCUCUCAUCUGGGUCUGCAAGAAGCUUCCAGGUAAAAGAAUGGCGAAGCGUCUCUAACUGGCUGGGCAAAGAUGCUCUCCCUCUCCGCAGAUCUAGGAGAGCAGCAGCGUUGAAGAGCCCAUAUUCAUCACCUCCACCUGCCACGGGCAAGAGGCAAGCCUUUGAGUGCGAGUUGGAAUUGGUUUCCACAGGAAUUCAGCAGCUGAAGCGUCUCUCUCAGGUGUUUGAUGAUGCCAUUGUAAGAGAGGAGAGAAAACAGGCAAUAUCAAAUUAUCAUCAUCUAAUGGCACAAAACUUGAAGUCCCUACAUCAUUCUCGGAAACUCUCUCAGUCUUUCAGGAGACGCAUGAAGAGGCUCCACCAAGCAAUAGGCACUCGGACUGAGAUGGCUUUACGUAGUUUUAGCAACUUGUGAUCGUGUGAAGGGUUAACUCAGUAUGCGAUUCAGAGGGUUGCGUUUUCAAUGUCUUCUAUGUUUGGAUUUAACUAACUAGACUUUAUUAACUGUGUAUCAUUCCUUUCAAAUCAUGACAAAGCAUCUCAGAUUUUUCCUUUUUUGGUUUCUCUGUCCAAGCAGGCAGAGAUUAUAUUCAUUAUCUUAAUACAGGGCAGCCCAUUAUAUGAUCCUUCCACAAUGGAAAAGCAAUUUGAACUUGACCUCUGUGUUUCAAAACAGGGGAGGCGUGGGGUCCCAUCAGUAUCCUCCAAAGCACAGCUUUGCUUCUAUGAGGCCUCAGCAAGACUAUAACGCUGUUUUCAUGAAGAUACCUGCCUCCUAUUAGAGGAUGUUGUGGAUGAAUGUUUCCACAGAGCUUUGGGCAUAGAAACACCAUUGGUGCUUAAGUCUUAUUUUCAAAAGUGACUUGGGUCACUGCUACCAUAGGUCCUUUUGAAAACAUUGACUGACUUCAGUUUCCCUCGUUAGAAACAACUAAGAACUAUGGGAUUCUGUUUGAGUUACUCCAGAUUGACCCUGGAUCAACCAAGACUCACUAUGGCCCCCUCUUUUCAUCUCAACUAGUUUGACUCUGAACUCCAUACUGGUUCUAACGCUCGAUUUCUUGCAUGCUGCUACUACAACAACUUGGAUCCUAACAGCUGACAAAUACUGCUCUUGCAAAUUGGGAGUGCUUGUGACUCCUGCACGCAACUGAAGGCAAUUUAAGUUGGUUUUGAAAGCUCAAGUAACACUAAGUCCUAUUUAAUUAGCAGGUAGUUUAAACAGAUCUAAUAUUUUACCCCUUUUUUUUAAACUAACAAGUUAUUUUGACAACCAUCGUAUAUGAGAAGCUGUAUAAGCUAGGCAAGCUAAGCUUAGCAAAAUUAACAUUUUCUAACAUUUUAACGAAGUGAAGGAAACUUCCAUAUUCUACAAUUCAGUAUCAGUGCUGCUGCUUCAGACAGCAUCUUUUCCUCCCGGUAUUCUCUGGGAGAAGGAGAUAAACACAGUGGUGCUUAUUACUUCUAAAAAAAUAACAUGUGUUACUAUUGUUAAAUUGCAAGCUAAGUAUGAAUCCUGUUUCCAUUUUUUGAAUAAUUUCAAGACACAAUAUUUUAGUGAAAAUGAAGCAGCCCAUAGUCUAGCAUCAAAAUCCGAAUGUGCAAGUGCUCACAUGUACAAAUCCUUUUCUUGCCCGUUGCCAAACCACAUUUCGUGAAGACAUUACUGUUUGGAAAAGGGUGAGUGCAUUUUGAACACCAGGUUCCAGCUCCCGUUCAAAUACGGAUAAAACUGGGACGACCCUUUCAGCAUUUUACAGGCCCACGGAAAGCUUUUAUAGAAAAAAAAGGCUGGAAGUAAUAGAGCACCUGUGCGGAAUUGAGUAACUGUCACUUGUAUGUAUUGAUAUAUUAAAAAGAAACAACCCUUGUCAA